AAAUGAAAUGUAAACGAGCAGAACAAACUGCUUUAAAGCUCGCACUAAAAUCAAACAGCAUACUUUUUGGGAGUGUUGAUUAUAAAAUUUUUGACUGUGAACUCAACAGUUCCACUUUACCACAAAGAUCCUCUUGUAUUUGUACUGGAACAUUUUUCUCCCGUUUGCGUUAUACAUUUUGCUCCCCAAAACGGUGUUUCAUAGACUAAAUACCGAUUUACGACAUCCCUGUAUCAAUUACUAGAACCUCGCUUUGAUUGAGACUACGUGCAACCCUACCCCCACCCGCUGGGUAGAUCCGUUAUAUCCAGAAAAGUCUCUAAACAAUAACAAACUUUCGCAGAGAGAAGUUAUGCCCGAAUUAGCACUAAUUUUAAUUUUAUUUACAAAGGGUAAGAAAAAGCCUAAGACAGGGCUGAUUGGAGAGCGAGAGUCGCAGCUUUAUGUGCCUCCUGGCGCGGAGAGAACGAGCGAACAAAAGAAUGAACGAAAGAGCGAACGAACGAACGAACGAACGAACGAACGGAGCGAGCUAUAAUAAGACGUUUUUUUCUUUGUUUGCUUGUUUUCUGUGUUGUUUUUCUUAUAAAGAUUAGAAAUUAAAGCGCAAAAACAAAGUAUAGGUAGCGUCGCUCUAAUAUUCUUUGCCGCGCAUUGUUGAUAAGUUCCACAUGAAUGCCACUCGGAUUCACAGGGUCAAAAAAAGAAUAGCUUCAUUUGUACCUGUUUUACUUAUUAUAUCACUGCUUGAGCAAAGCUACGCAGCGAAAAAUACACGAAAUUACAAGACUUUAUCCGCGAAAGCCCCAGUGUGUUUAAUUUUUUUUAAUAUACAGUGUUGAAAUAAUUAUACGGUCACACUUGGUUUAAGAAGACGCCAACGAGUUUUAUAAAUUAAUAUAUUUCUAGAUUUUGACUCUCGAAGUUACAGACUCUAUCAAUAAUUCAAAACCAUCGACUUCUUGAAAAUCAACCAAACACUGAAAGUUUUUAAGUUUUUGGUUAAAAACACGUGUCGAAAGGAAAAGAAAAUCAGGUUUUCGUUAUUUUCAUUUUAACGCGCGGUGGCGCCUAAAAUUCCACUUCAGUGCUUUCGAACACUUGAAGCACAAAGAUUAAAAGUAUUGCUCUCCAAAACAAGCUCUUCUCUGCUAAGGUAAGUGAGCAAAAGGCGUCCUUUUGGAACAACUGUAAACAAACAGCAGUUAAAGACACCCAACGGAAGGAAAAGAAAUUCUGUUUUUCGUUUUAAUUUUAACGCGCCUAAAAUUCUGCUUCAGUGCUUUUGAAGUAUUGCUCUCCAAAACAAGCUCUUUUGUGUUCAAGUAUGUGAGCAAAAGGCGUCCUUUCGGAACAACUGUAAACAAACAGCAUCAACCCAUAUUGUUCUCGCUCGGCAAAUUGUUUAAGAAUGCCAUUGCUGUGCGAGAAUAGAAAAAUGUAAAAUUUGUAUGAAAGGACAACAAAGAGAGAAUAAAACCCGCAAGAACAUACAAAGAUUUUGUGUGAUUAUUCUGGCUCGAUUAAUGCACCGCUAGACACCUUUUUUUACAUUUCACGGACCAAAGAAUUGAUAAACACCUUGAUCUCGUGAAGAAAUCACGACAUCAAACAACGUUAACUUCAUCCACAACGGUCUUCAGGGUGGAAAGAAGCUUAAAGAACGUACAAAUAUCAAGAAAUGCCCAGAUCGAAAAGAGCUUCCUGCAAAAAGCUGACUAAUAUUGUUCUAUUGUUAGAUGCUGACUCUUCUCGUAUCAUUAAACCAUAAACACCAGAAACUUCCAAUUAUCUGACACCGAGAAAUUUUUCACUUGACGAAACAAGACUUGAAACACGAAAGGGAGUGGCUCUUGAGUUACCUUAAGAAACAUUACAGAAAGUUGUACAAUAUUGCAAAACCAUCGUUUUUCUGCGCUACCAGAAACAUCACAAAACAAAAAAGUUCUUGUGCAAGUCUAUUAACAUUUAACGGUCCAAUGCCGACUGUUUAUGGCUGAGCGAGCAUAAAACGCGAAUAUUUAAGCGUCGGAAUUAAAAAAAAAAUAGAAUAAAAAACACCUAAGGGUGGAUUGUGCGUGCUUAUGUGUUGUGCGCCUUUUUGGCACGCACCGAGCGGUAUACUCGCUCGAGAUGUUCGGCUAUAAAUUUGUAACAAGCCUGACCAGACGUAAGACUGUUGACUUUACUCCGUCAGACAGUCCCUUCAAGAGAUGUAUGAACGUGUUCGAUCUGACAGCUCUUGGAAUUGGCUCGCUGAUAGACGCGGGGCUGUAUGUUGUUGUCGGCCAGUUGGCGCACUCCGUGGCCGGCCCAGCUAUCAUUCUGUCCUUCAUGAUAGCCGCAAUAGCCUCGCUCCUAGCCGGUCUUUGCUACGCGGAGUUUGCAUCCAGGGUGAGCCGCGCUGGUUCUGGUUACAUCUACACGUACGUAGCCAUGGGCGAGAUCUUUGCGUUUUUAACAGGCUGGUGCAUGAUUACGGAGUACGUUCUCUCCGCCGCCUCACUUGCAGUGGCUUGCAGCGAGUACAUUAACUUCCUUUGCAACGGUUCAGUAUACAAGUACUUUAUGGAAGAAUUCGGAGUUUGGCAUGAACCGGCGCUCGCAUCGUUCCCCGAUCUCUUAGCCUUCGCGCUGGUUAUCAUUGCAGUAUUAAUAAUCUGCCUGGGCGUCAAACAAUCCAAACUCGUCCUGGAUGUCACUGUCAUGGGUAAUCUACUUGUGGUGACUUUUAUAAUCUUUGUUGGAGCUUACUAUUCCGAUGCUAGCAACUGGUCGAGCAUGGAAAAGUUUGCGCCGUACGGAUGGGGUGGAAUACUUACAGCCGCGUCUAGCUGUUUCUACUGUUUUACUGGGUUUGACACUAUUACAACCGCGAGCGAGGAAGCCAUCAACCCAAACGUGUCUGUACCACUGGCUAUUCUGCUGUCAUUAGGAGUGAGCCUGCUGGUUUACAUCGGCGUCAUCAUAGUGCUCACUAUGAUGGUUCCUUAUUACCAGUUGAAAGACCUCGCGCCUAUUGCCGAAGCAUUCACCGCACGGGCCUUCAACGUUUCCAAGUACAUCGUGUCUACUGGCGCCUUGUGCUCCAUGUUGAGUAGCCUGCUGGCUGCGUGCUUUGCUACCCCUCGUCUGAUUUACUCAAUCGCCUACGACGGUCUCAUCUUCGGCUGUUUUACUAAAAUGGACGAGGACAGGAAGAUGCCUUUGCGUGCCGUGGCCGUCAGCGGAAUACUGAGCGCGCUUCUGGCGUUUCUGUUCGACAUGGCACAGUUGGUGGAAAUGGUGUCAAUCAUGACUCUCACAACAUACACCAUGGUGGCUUUGUCAGUGAUUCUCACUCGCUACCAGCCGAACCUGGAAUUUGUCGCUAGCGACGCGCAACUCACUGAACGAACGCAAUCUUGGCUUCGAACUUUAUUUAGGAAACGAAAAAAAGGACCGAGCAAAACUUCAUACGAGAAACUUCCGCAGUCAGGACAUGACAGUGUCACGACAGCAUGUCACGCAAGUCCAAGCGAGUGUUCAAACACUGUAGCCAAUGCCACGGUAACAAUUAUGAUGUUGGCAAUGCUCGCUCUGUGCGUUUAUCUCAAAAUCUGGAUCACGGGCAAAGGCGAUAUAGAAGCCGUGUCAAUCUUCGCUGUGACGGUUAGCGCGUUCGUCACAAUAACUUGUCUGAUAGUUCUGCAGUUGCAGCCAAAGAACCGAGUGACGUUUUCAUUCAUGGUUCCUUGCGUUCCUCUUCUUCCCGCGCUCAGUAUAUUCAUCAACUUAUUGCUGUUGACCCUCCUUCAUCCACUAACCUACGUACGCUUCGCAAUGUGGAUAACAAUAGGAAUGUUUGUGUACUUUCUGUAUGGAUACCACAAUAGCAUUGAAGGCAACAAGCCCAAGUCUAUUGAAUUGGAACUUGAUCCAAUCCCUUCAAUACCUGUCACUGAGACAAGUGCUAAUCUUCCUUUGAAGAGACCUGAGUGGUUACAAUACGAUCAACAAGAGAGUUAAGACUGCUGGACAGUCUGUUCUCUCUUAAAACAUGGUAUAACUCUUAAUGAAGGGCGAUGUGAAACACCAGUCAGCUCCUCAGUGAAGCACAUGCACCUUAACUACAUGCCAGCAGAGAGUCAACAAUCACUGAGUUGCUACGCUAUUUUGAGGAGCAGUGCAAAAUGAACAACAAAAUCCAUCACUUAAAGAUUUCCUAAAUUGAGUUUCCUUACCCUGUAGUUUGAAAAUUAAAGACAGAUUGCUUUGCAGCUGGGAGUCGAAUAGUAAUACAUGUAGCUUUUAGUUCUUAAUUUGUAUAAUUAUUUAGAAAACUAAUUUCAUUAAAAUUUCUAAAAAAAAGCUUCUGACUGUGUAUUGAUAGCAAAGGCAGAUACUGUAUGCGAUAUUAAGGUGGCUGACAACAGUUUCCAGGACGAUUCCAGGGCUUUGACUUUGAUGGGUCAUUAUAACCAUUUUUUACCAGUUGAUGUUACAAUCACAAUAUCAAAAAAAACUGUUCAAUCAUUGGUGAACACACUGUUAUCAUUUUCCAACACAAUAGGCUACCAUAGCAACAGUAUG